GAUAAGGGUCUGUGCUGAUGUUCGAACACACGACCUUCUAGUACAAUGUAACCCUAUGUAACGGCUGUGAAGUAAAAAGGAACUAUCGGUAAUUGUAACCAAUUGAAUAGAAAAUAUUGCAUGUCCAGCGGUAGAGUUGAAGUCUGUAUAAUAUUCAAUGAGCCUCGUCUGUUCCUCAGGGCUACGCCCAAUGAUUGCACGGGCCUCUGUCCUGGAUAAAGGGGCAGGAAAGGAAAUGUAUUGCUGGAGAGGAUUAGGUGUGCUGUGACGUUUUUAGGAUAGUUCAGAGUAGACGAGAAGAGCUGUGUGCGAGGCUACUGUAUUGUACGCCCUGACAACUGGAACGGUAGUGGACACGAGAUGUGACUUUUGUCCACAAUCUUUACUUGCAUUUCAGUGACUGGGCAAUUAUGAACGGCAAAUCAGCUAACUGCAACCCGGGAGUCGGCGGUGUGUUGCCGGCCUGUGAAGGGCUUCCGCCGCUACCGAAGAGUCUCAGCGGCUUACUGAACUCCAGUGGUGGAUCCUGGAGGGAGAUGGAGAGAAUGUACGCGAAAAAGACCAUGAUUCAAGAUGAUCUGAGCCGGGGUCGCAGUAACACCGAUAACAUGGUAUCCAACAAGCCGGCCAACCUAGAUGCUGCCCUGGCACUCCUAAGGAAAGAGAUGGUUGGGUUACGGCAGCAGGAUAUGUCUCUACUGUGUCAGUUAUGGUCACUCCAUGAAUCGAUUCAAGAAUACAAAGGCAGUUGCCAGGACAUGUCAACUGCAUCCAAUGCAGAUGGCUCCUACAAUAUGGAAAAUGGCUUCUUUGACGAAGAAGAUGAAUACUACCAGGACACAAGUAUUACCCCAAAUGAACACAUGGAUUUGAAUGCAUCAGUUCCCAAAACUCUGAACAACAAGUGGAUGCAAGACUCCAUUCAUAUGAGCAUCUAGCUCUGUAAUAUACCGAUCUCCUCCUUCUCACUAAUUAUGUGUUCAGUUCUGCUCUACUAAUAUAAGACUGGCGCUUGAUAGAGGAAUUAUUCAGUAUCCAGUUCCACUGGCCUCUAAUAUCUUUCUAGUGAACUUUUCUAUAUAACCAAUUAUGAAACUAGUAUUUAUUAUACAUUUAUGACUAAACAAUUUUGACAUUGACAUACCCCUCCCCCCAACUGAAAGCAUUUUGCAAAGGUAUACUGACUGUAUAUAAACUCAUAUAAUAACACUUAUAAACUUUGCGUGAACUUGGACAAAACUUGUUGAGGACAGUGGUGGUAUGGUAGAGGACACAGUUCAUUUUUUGUUUGCAGCAGUGCAAGUCUAAAAUCAGUUGCUCGUUGGUGGAGGCCUAAUAAAGCAUUUGGGUAAGAAACUUUUGUAUGUGUUCCAGAACUCCCAUUCCGUGAUGGACAUUUUACUGAGUAGGACAAUAAUGUUUUGAAAUAUAAUUCUCAGGUGUGGGACAUUACUGUGUAAGCUUUUUAAGUUUUUAUAUUUUAUGUGCUAUAAACAGCCUUAUGUAUACAUGGGUGAAAGCGCUCUGUCAAAAUGGCCUCUCCCAGGUCCAUUUCUAUGAUUCGUGUAGAGAUGCCAGAAGAUAUCUGGGGGUGGAAAACUGUAAUGUUUUCGCACAUACUUGUGACCUUUUAGUAUAUUUUUCUCCUGUUGAACUGUAACUUGAUUGAGACCAUGGGCACCUAACCCAUAGAGCACAGGGGAGGCAAAUUAGAAAUUUUGCCACUCUACUUUUUUUUGCUUCGUGUAACACACUAUUUUAUGUUUUGUUAUGGUUUUCCCAAUAAACGGUUUAAAAGGUAGGAAAGUGUCAUUCAUAAGACGCCGUAAGCCCAACAUUAAAAAAAAAAAAUAAAUAAAUAAAUAAACCCACACUAAAACGGCCCCUACACGAACAUUGGUUUGACCCACGAUGUGACUGCAACAGAAGAUGCUGGUUAGUUUGGAUACUACAUAAAAUGAUUAAUUAAAUACAGGCUAGGUCCUUGUUAGUUUAGUUUGUUUUAUUCUUUAUUAAUUCAAUUAUAUUCAGGUUCGUGUUGCUGCGGGGCCAUGAACUCUAAAUAAAAUGUUACUGCUAUUAAGCACUGGUAAUAAUCUGAAGCAGUGGUAUUGUAAAAUAACAGAAUCACGUUUUUACUUAAUGUUUUUUUUCAUUAAAAACUUGUCAUUCUUUAUUAAUUUUUAGCUUUCAUAUUGAAGCUUGUUGUGUACUAAUUCAAGCAAAUGAAGUAGGAAUUUGCUUAAGACAUUUUUCAAGUCAAGUAAGCUUAUUUGUGUAUAAAUAAUGACAAUAGUUUAAAGGUAUGCACCUGAAUCGUAAGGUAAUUCAACUGUUUGCUAAUACUCUCCACGCGUAAAACUUGCCUGAAUAUUAAAGUAAAAAAUAUAAAUAUUUUAUAACUAGCAAGAAAUGACUUGUUGCACUAGCAGCAGUUACAUUGUUUUACAUUACUGUUUUGCCCUCUAACUCAAUGGACCAUAUUUGGAAGCAAGCACAAAAGCAAAGACACAAUUUCUUAGAGCAAUAAGACCAUUUUAAUGGUAUAAAACAAGAUACAACUCUUGACUGGUCAUUCCUGCAACUAAGUUUAUACUGUUGAAAUGGUUUUAUUCAGCAAAAUAAUAAUAAUUAAAAAAAAAUGUCUUCGCAUUUGCUUCAGAGUGAAGUCUUUCUUUAUAUAGUAAAACAGUGCUUUUGACAUGGCAAGUAUUUUGAAAUGCCUUACUUGGGGAAUAAUUACCUUCUAAAGAACAAUUGCCCUCCUACUGUUUAACAAAGUUAGGCGCCUAUGAUUAAGACACAAAAUUCUUUGAUCAUUGCAUUGAUUAAAACACUGAAUUGUUGUACUGCUUUUAAUGAAAAACUCACCUAUACUGUAGAUGACAAAACUGACUUGCGUUACUGAAUAAGAAAGGUUACUGGUCUACAGCUUAUUUAUCAAAGUGAGUAUAAUUUAGGUUUUUGUUAUUAUACAGUUUAAUAAACUGUUAAUGCAAAUGAAUAUGUUAAUUGGGAAUACAUGUAAAUGAUUUGAUCAGUAACAUUUCAAAAACUAUGUUUGUUAACUAGCCUCAUGUGAGGUUUAUCAGGUAUCUGGUAAAAUGACAAGUUGUAAUUGAAGUAAUUUCUGAAUUUUUUUCCUUACAAAGUCAAGUUUAAAUUUGCUUUACAACCCAAGAGCUGGUGGGGGUUUGGAGUUUCAGUCAAAAUGAUCAUUGGCCAUUUUCACCCAAGUGUAUGUAUUCUGCAAGUAAAAUGAGCUGUUGUAGAAAACA